GAACUUCUUCGUGUUCCAAAGUGGUCCGAUUCAAGCUGUGAGACGGUCGCUUUUCCUCCAUACCGCUUUUAUCCAGAUAAACAGGUCCAUGUGCAGAUAACCGCCAAUCACAUGAAUCUAAAUGAUUCUGAAACUGUGCACGACGCCAUUGCUUCCUGGACUGAAAACAAUAAUACAAAGAAUUUUACAGUUUGCGCAAUGCAAUCUAGUAGAAAGAGGAAGAACUUUAAUCCAUUUGCGACUGUUGAUUGGAUGCCGUAUCAGGGAGCACCGCCCGAAGGAAUGACGGGAGAAAUCAAGAUGCAGAAAUGGUGGUCUGGAACAAAUUGUGCUAAUGUAACUUUUCCCAAGAACAAGUUUAAGGACGAACCUGUAGUACUCAUAACAGCAGAACAUCUAAGGACUGGUAAGGAGUAUGAUGCCGCGCUGAUCUGGACAGAGGAUAUAACCAAGGACUCAUUUAAAGUCUGCCUCCGAGAAUUGCAAAACUUUGAUGGAAAACAUGAAGACAUUAGUGUGAACUGGUUGGCAUUUUCUAAACUUCACAAACCGCUCUUCACUGAACAUGGCUCUGUCAAGUUUCCAAACACAAACCCACCAACAGAUGAAAACAACAACGCUUAUUGCGAGUUUGUGCAGUUUGUACGAAGUUAUAACAAUACACCAUCAGUCCUGGUAUCAGCCAAUCACAGCACAACAGCAAGUGGAAACUUGGCACCAGUUCAUAACGGUAUCACAACAUGGAUUGAGAACAUGAAUACGUCUGGAUUCAGAACUUGUGUCAAGGAGCUGUUUGCGACAAGAUAUGAUCCAGUUUCAGUUAGUUAUGCCGUCGUAACAGACAUCUGUGAUCCUGGUUGGAGCUACUUUAAUGGCUACUGCUACUUCACAAGUGUCAGUUGUACAAACUGGACCACAGCGGUACAAAAAUGUCGACAAGAAGACUCGGUCCUUGUUGAUGUCAGUAGCGAUGAAGAAAAUGUCUAUUUACAGCAUCGACAUAUUGGCGCGAAAUCUUGGCUGGGCUUGAAUGAUAGAACCAUAGAAGGCAACUUUACUUGGGUGGAUCGAGGAGAAGGAAACUUUACAGCUUGGGCCAAAAAUCAGCCAAAUAAUUUCAGAGGAGAAGAUUGUGUGCACGCACUUGGUGUGGAAUACAGCUAUGAAUGGAAUGACGUGCAGUGUAGUGAUUGUCAUCCAUACACAUGUAAGAAAGAUCUAAAUGAAUGUGAUAGAAAUACAAAUGACUGUCAUCAGCAUGCCAGUUGUACAAAUGAACGUGGAUCAUAUUCGUGCAAGUGUGACCGUGGCUUUAUUGGGGAUGGCUUUAAGUGCGGUCCCAUCAUAACGGAUUCCUGUUCUGCAAGGAGGAAAUACGUUAGUGUAAGCGGAAAUUGCAAAAUUGAUCCAGAUGGCGCGGGAGGCCUUACACCAUUCACCGUUUACUGCGACAUGAGUGACAAGAAUGGAGUUGGCGUGACAGUCAUCAGUCACGACAGUGAAAGCAGAACGCACGUGCAUGGGUAUGGUGGUGCUGGUAGUUACUCACGUGACAUUCAUUACACAGGAGCGAGUCUCUCUCAGCUGGCGAGUCUCACCAGAGUGUCAUCACACUGUGAGCAGUUUAUCAAGUACGAGUGUUAUAAUUCAGUGAUGUUUACUAGGUUUUCAAACACAAACCCACCAACAGAUGAAAACAACAACGCUUACUGCGAGUUUGUGCAGUUUGUACGAAGUUAUAGCAUUACACCAUCAGUCCUGAUAUCAGCCAAUCACAGCACAACAGGAAGUGGAAACUUGGCACCAGUUCAUAACGGUAUCACAACAUGGAUUGAGAAAGCUACACUUGCUGACAGCGCCAUACAAGAAACUCGUCUGGCUCGCACUCAAAGGAUUUAUCUGCUGCAAACUGGCAAGCUCAACAUGUCGCAGACAUUUCAAGGUUGGAGUUGUAGCAGUGGAUGUUCACCUCCUCUAAAUUGUCGACUGGCUAUUUGUACGAACGUUGUAUUUCCUCAAACGUUCAGUGGAUCAGCAAAGGUUCAAGUGCAUGUGUCAAUGAGCCACGGUGAAGAGUUUUCACGUGUUCACUCGCCUUCUGCUGUGUGGGUUCAGUCCAUUAGUAAGCGUGGAUUUGAGGUCUGUUCACGUCAAACAGGGACUGGAUCAAAUAAAACUGGAAUUAUCAACUGGUUGGCCUAUCAAAAUUAUCCAAAAAUGAUGCAUGGCACUGUGACUUUUCAAGGAAUGUGGACAACAGAAACCAAGUGUGACAAAGUAACAUUCUCACAGAGCUUUGCUGGUAGACCUUCUGUGUUUGUCUCAGCUAAGUACGCUCGUAGUACAAAGGCUGAUGACGCAAUGUACCUUUGGUUGGAAAACGUGAAUUCUGGAAGUUUCGAAGUAUGCAUCCGGGAAUUCUUGCCAUUUGACGGAAAACACCAAGACAUAAUUGUGGUACGUGGAAUAUUUUUAAUGUAUUUUGAGACUUCAAGAGUUCAUUAG